AUGGCUCAACAACUGGACGAUAUCACUGAUUGCUCAACUUGCGACAGUGACAGCGAUACCACUAUGGCUGAAUCCCCGCGCCACAGCCUUACCAAGAAUUUUGGCUACACUCAACCAAGGGAAGCAAAUUUCACGAUACGACGAAGAGGUCCAUUGGUGACCAACAGUGCACCAAAACGACCGGUGCGGCGUUCAUCUAGAUUAUCGCCUUUCUGCACAUUCUUGACAUGGUUGGUGAUUAGUAUUAUCUUCUUUUUCGAAGUGCCCCCUUUGGUGAAUUCAAUUCUCGACCUGUUCGAGCCAGCUCUACGCGAGCCAAGUUUACCUCCUCUGGAUCCUCUCCAGGUCGCGUUGAACUUGACGCAGGCUUUCCAUCCACUUCGGCAACAUUCAAUGGACUUGGGCUCUUUGAGUGAAGAAUUGGCUCAAGCGCAAUUUGCCAUGUACCAAGCUGGCAACGAGCUCGAAAAGGGCUGGGGUCAAGACAUUUGGUCGGACCAUAAAACCCGCUUGAGCGAUGUCAUAGACCAGCACCUUAGUGACCACAACCGUUUGGGCAACUUGAUCAACUACCGCCAUACAGAUAUCAUGCUCUUCAAACUUUCUCUAGACGCGCUUAGCAACCACACAUCCAUGUCUCUUGAGCUGUUCACCGAGAAGGUUCAGGAGGUGCGAGGAUUAGCACAUGCCCAAACACAACUUGGCCCUGUGUUCGGUUUCUGGAUUCGCCGCGAAGCCGAUCGGAAGAUCGUGUCUUACCUCAAAUGGUAUCUGAAGCAAGAAUCAGAGGAGCUCCGGGAGCUUCUCAUGCAAGGAGCCAAGAUAGAAGAGUUUCUGCACCACGACGAGAACACAUGGACAAGUCUUACAAAGUGGCGAGCACAAAACCAUCCUCAUGUCGAACCACUUGUAUUCGGGAGCGGGAAAUUCCAGAAAUGGUGGGGGUCAAAGAGACAGAUCCACGAAAUGGGCUGGCGAGAGUACUUUGCCGAGACGCCGUACGAUGCAAUCCGCCACGAGGUCUCGAGAAUCAUGGAGCUCUUGCGCAAGUAUUCCGUGGACUUCGAAGACGCACUUGCUGUUGCGAACGCCUCUACGAGAAGCUACAAGGCCGGCGAUGUGCAGGAUUCAUCAGCAGCGGAGCUCGAGAAUCUUGCCGCUGCACUGAGAAUCAACAGGGUCGGCCAUGAGUCAACCGCGCUUGAGUAG